AUGCGUAUGAAGAGUCAUGAGAUCCAGCUGUAGUUUGUAGUAGUUAUGGCGUUUUAACGCCACAUGCAACAAAGUGCAACAGUUCAUCAGAAAUGGAUCCAAACAAGCCUGUAUCCCCAUCUGGUCCUUCUCGCCAAUCCCUGAGUCCAGAGAAACCAAAGCCAUCUAGUGGCAAAAAACAGAGAAAAAGGAGGAAAAAUGUGGCGCAAAGGCCUAAAUCAUCCACACCACCACCUAAUGUUUUGAGCGAAAACACAUCUGAAGGGUUUGAAAGAAGUGCAUCACCGACUGCACCAUCUCUACAAUCAAUGAGUCCAGAGAGACCUGAUUUAUCAAGUGGAAAACCUAAAGACAGGUUUGGAAGAAGUGCAUCACCGACUGCACCAUCUCUACAAUCAAUGAGUCCAGAGAGACCUGAUUUAUCAAGUGGAAAACCUAAGGACAGGUUUGGAAGAAGUGCAUCACCGACUGCACCAUCUCUACAAUCAAUGAGUCCAGAGAGACCUGAUUUAUCAAGUGGAAAACCUAAGGACAGGUUUGCUAGAUCACUACAAUCAUUGAGUCCAGAGAGACCUGAUUUAUCAAGUGGAACAUAUAAAGACAGAAAUGUGGUGCCUGCAGAACCUUCAGUGCACAGAAGACUUACUGCAAAAGGUGAAGAUAAGGCAUUUCCACCAAUAAUGGAAGACUGGACAAAAGAACAUGUUCGAGAUUGGCUAAUAACUCACCUUCGUAUUUCACCAAAGGUUGCACAGAGUCUGUACGACCAAGAGGCUUCAGGAGCAUGUUUAGUGUCCUUUGAAAAACAAGACCUUCUAGAGUUAGGGGUUCCACCAGCUCCAGCAUUACAGAUCCUACGACAGGUGGUGAGGUUCAACAGGCGCUCUGAGCUGAGUGCACAGCAUCAGGAAUCAGAAGAGUCAGAGAAAAUGCCUCAGGAUAAAUUAGAAACCCAAACUGUGACAACAGAUUCAGGAUUUCACAGUGAAAGUGCAUCAGUGCUGCAUGAAACGAGAGAUGAUUUUGAAGAGCAGUUCACAGAGCAUGAACAUCUCCAGAUACAAUCCCUUUCACCAAUAAAGCGGGCCGUGUGUGUCCUGCGUCCUUUUGACAAAAGCACUGCUCCUGUGUUUUACACAGAGCACCACUUCCUUCCCACUGUGGCAGGUCCUAACAAUCUCCUGGACCCUGUACACGAAUACAAACUUCUACCAGAUUCAAAUGAAAUCAGCCAAAGAGAAGUACUGUUUGAGUUUACUAAUGAAAUAUUUUGUUUUGCUGCGAGCUGCAUGAAUUCCCGCACCAAUGGGACAAUCCAUUUUGGAGUAAAGGAUGAACUAGGCCAGGAACAUGGUCAAAUAAUAGGCCACCAAAUCAGCUCUAUGAUUCUUUACAGUGAGGCAUUUGAAUCAGAUUUAAGUAAAUACUUUGAACAAGAGCACAUCCACUCUGCCAGGAUGUGCAUUAGGCCUCCUGUGUUUGUCCAGGUUCAAUGUGAAGACGGAACAGCCUCAGACAAAUGGGUGAUUGAGGUAGAUGUGGUUCCCCUAUACUCUGAGACUCAAGAAAGUGUCUUCUACACUAUUCUGGAUAUUCCAUCCACAGAAAAGAAUCAGCACCAGUCCAAAGUUGAAUGUCUUUUUGUGCGAGAAGGAUCCAGAAAAGUCAACAUUUUAUCAGAUUCAAAUCCACGUGUGUUUCAAGAUAAGAUCAAAGAAAUCAGUGACAAAGUAAAGCGUUGGGCAUCGGCUCGCAGAGCAGCAGAGGAAAUGUAUGAACCUCCUCCUCCCAAUGAGCAUCAGGGUCAAAGACUGAAACAGCUGAUCACUUGUGGACGAGAUUCACUUUCUGAUUUCAUGCAUGUUUUUGUUGUUACUGACAAAUGUCAUUCAAGCCAAUUGGAGCACAUGGACUUUUUGAAAGAACUGAACUUGUUUGUCGUUUUAGAUUUUGACCCAGAGUCUGGCACGAAUGGAACAUGCCACAUUUACAGAAGAAACCGUGCAGCCAAUCUACAUUUCCCACAAAUGUACACAACACAAGACAGGGCUUCAGUUAUUGCUAAUCUAAAUCUGUUUAAACAAACAAGCUGGGUCUUUUGUAAUGGACAUGCUGGUCAUAUGAGUAACUCAGAAAGGCCUCUCUCUCAGCACGAGUGGCUGAAGAAUCGUUCUGGGUGCAUUAACAACAUGGUCUCUUUUCUCUGCAGUCCUGACUUGCUUCCCAAGCAUAGUUUCUUGGUCUUGAUUAUUCUCCACUCUCCUAUUUCUGACAUCUCAAGCCCUAUUCUAGAAACAUUUUGUGCAUUGUAUCGCUCCUUGGGAGGAAUGGACAACAUGCUUUGUCUUUGCAAAGACGCCACAGUUUUCAGCCACUGGAAGAAUUUGGUGGAGGUUCGUUGUAAAGAAGACAUCACCAAUAAAUGCAUCUACACUUUGAGUUUACAUGAGAUCUCCAGCACCAUAAAGAAACUGAAGGAGCCUCAGACGCGUGCCUCCAGAAGGUUCUUGGCUUCGACAGGUUCUAGUUCAGUCCUACUGGAAAAGAAAGAAGAAGAGAUGAUGACAGAUUUGGAAAUAUUGUGUGAAAAUGAAUGUGAGAAAACAGAAAUAGAAACAAACAAAUCAUUUGAAGAGUUUAAGAAGAACACAGAGGAGGUGUUUUACAGAGGAGGCCAAGUGUCAUGGUGGAACUUUUAUCUGUCGGAGCAGCCAGGCAGCCUGCCCUUCAUCAAACGAGACAAGUAUGGCGACCUGUACCAACUCAUCUGCCCAGUUCAGGGCUACACCUCUCCAUGUGUGGUUGUGCCUCUGUUCCACCACCCAGGCUGUGGGGGCACGACUUUAGCCAAACAUAUACUAUGGAACUUAAAAAACAGAUUCAGAUGUGCAGUUGUUAAAAACCAAAUGGCAACAAAUAAAGACAUUGCAUUGCAAGUUCGGACACUUCUCACAUAUGGUAAACAAGAGCAGCCAGGCUACACACCAGUUCUGUUGUUGGUAGACAACUGGUACGAUGUUGAUGAUUUAAAGCAGUGUAUCCUUGGUGCUGCAAUAGACAGAAAUCAGCCCAAUAACCUUGUUGUACUGAUAUUACACUGUGAGAGAACACCAUUUCCCGACAAAACCUCAGUCAACUGUUACAAUCCAAAUGUGUUCAUCAGCGCCAAGCUCUCAUCAAAAGAGAAGGAUUUGUUUUUACAGAAAUAUCAGGAACUCAAAGACAACCAUGAGAAACCAGACACUUUCUAUGCUUUCAUGAUCAUGAAAAAUGAUUUUAGCAAAGACUACAUUAGUGAUUUAGUGAACAACAUUCUCAAAGAUCUUGACAUUGGUUCCCAACAGGGCAAACUUUUAUCUUUUCUGGCUUUGCUGAACUCAUAUGUCAAUGGGUCCUACAUAUCCCUUUCUUCAUGUGAGGAGCUUGUGGGAAUAAGAAAUCCUCUUUGGAGACAGGAAUCUCUGGAAGAUAAAAUGAAUCCGUAUUCCACUCUCCUUAUCACUUUCACUGUUGAGGAGCAUGGCACUUACCAAGCAGUGCGACUCUUACAUCAGAUGAUUGCCGAAAACUGCAUUAAAGUUUUCAAAGAGAAUCAACAUGAUCUGUCUGAUAUAACCAUUGACUUGCUGUUCUGUGAGAGCCUCUAUAGGACAUGCAUGGGAAAGGAUUUCCUGAACCAGUUUAUCCAAAGUAUGUUGGUCACACGGACCCGGCGAGAGCAAGGAGACGACAAGAACACAUUAUUUUCGCCUUUGAUUGAAAACAUUCAAAAAGAAGAAGGAUUUGAUAAGGUCAAGAAAGUCCUUGAAAGAGCUAUAGACAGAUUUGACAGAAGUGCAACACUGCCUCAAGCUCUGGCCAGGCACAUGUGUCUUAAUGAGAAAGACUUCGACUCUGCUCUCAAAUGGGCCCUAGAUGCACAGAAUAAGAGAUCUAACUCCUACAUCGCAGACACAGUGGGACAGGUUUACAAAAGCCAGCUCAAAAUGCUCAUUGAACAUUCUAAGGAAGCACACCCAGAACUGCUUAAUGAAUGUUUACAGUUAGCAUCUAAGGCUGUGUCUGCAUUCAGGGAGUCUCAAGAACUAGCAAACAAAGAUGAACAAAUUGAUCCAUUGGAUCGACAUGGUAGGAAAGUAGAAAAGGCAGGCUACAAUACCUCAGGCUAUCUUGGAGAAACAGAGGUUAUAAUCAUGCUUCUUGACUUAAUCACAGAACUUCCUGUUUUCUCAGUCAGUGACAGACACAAAAGAGACAAAAUGCUACAGGUUCUUAGAGGGCAACAACCCAUUACCAUCUUGGGUAACAGUGACCCAGAAAUAAACGCAAUUGUCACUGUCCUCAAAGAUCAUGGGAGGUUUCUUGUUUCACUAAAACCAAGACUGAAGGAGAUUUUCACUUUCUUUGAGAAAUACUUCAUAUACUUGAGGCCCAGACAUGUGCCACUAAACAGGGAAACAGCUGAUGAAAGAAAUAAACGUAAGGUCUUUGAACUAUUCAAGAAGUACAUCAAGCUAUUUAGUUGUUCAGAGGAGGAAAAGGAGCAAGAACGGGAAAGAAACCCCAAACUAAGUCAACAGCAGGUGAUAGAGGAUCAUCGUCGUGAUCUGGAGAUGAUGCAAGCAGAUACCUUUGCAGGUCUUCUGCAGAGUUUGAGCCACAAAAACAAAAGUGAAAUUAUUUUUGAGAAAUGGAAAUUCAUUUUUGAAAACUCUGUCAGUAGAUAUACAUCAACUUCUGACACAGUGAAUUACAUCUUAUCAAACAUUGUUCUUCACAGCAUCAAGCCAAACUGCAUCCUGUUGAAGAAAUAUGAGGAGUUAGUGGCACUCCUUAAUGAUGUUCUUCAGAAGGAGGGUACUCGAUCCAACCUGCUUGAGCUCUAUUACCUCUGCAUGCUGCUGAUGUGGCCAUCCAAAGACCAGUCUCUCAAAAACUUCACAGAGUACAGCAAUAUCAGCACCUACAUUGCAUCAGCCAAAAGGUCCUUCCACAAACGCUUCAGUUUCAUGUUUCCAUCAAGAAGUGCUAUUGCUCAUUUCUUUCUUGGAAAAUCAACCGGUUUAAAACGGAUUGUUAGCAAAGUAAAGCUUGACCAAAUUUUGGUUGACUCCUAUCCUAGUGAUGGAAAUACAAACUUUCACCAUCUUUGGCAUAGUGGAUUGGCAUGGAGCACCCCUAGCGUCCAAGAGAAGCUGUUAAGAGUUAAAGGAAGAUCUGAAAAUGGUGACAUUUAUGUCACUUACGGUGCCAACAUCAAAAUAAUGAUUCGUCCUGCAUACCUUGGGGACAUUCGCAGUGGCUACAGUCGAGAGGAGGUAUCCUUUUACAUCGGCUUCACCUUGGAAGGCCCAGUGGCCUAUGAUGUGAAAUAUGAAAAAUAAUAAAAUUGCACUGAAUGUAACAUUUUGCACUAUGUCUGUUAAUCAAGCACUUACUGUCUGCCAGCAACAUUUACUGCCAUGUCUCAGCCUGUCAAUCUCCCUGCCCUCCUGCCACCUACCUAUCCCCAGUCAACUCACUCAAGGUGUCGCCCAAGGUUCAUUUCUCAGCCUCCUCUUAUUCAUACUGUAUAUCUUCCCCCUUGGACAUAUAAACCUCUGCCACAGCCUGAAAUGCUGAAUGCUUUGCCAACAUUCAAUUGUGUCGGUUCACAAAAUCAAUAGCCUAACCUAGCCACACGCAGCACCCACUUCAACUACAUCCCUGAUAUAAAUUCGCAACAAACUAACUUUCCUCCAACUCAGGUGUAAGAAAAGUGAAAUAAUCAUCAUUGGUCCUAAAAUACUCACCAAGCCCUAUAAUGACCCCUUUCUUUUGAUGGGUCUUCAGUUCCCUCCUCACCUCUGAAACCACAUUAUACAUAUCAAAAAUCACUAAAACCACAUUCUAUCACUUCCAAAUAGCGCCGCCUCCACCCAUCCCUCACUCCCCCCAUUCAUCUCUUCAUCUCCUCUCACUUCAACUACUGCAAUAGCCUGUCCGUCAGUUCACCUUCAAACUCCUCAUACAUUCAGAGAUCUCCACUGGCUACCCACCCCCAGUGUAUAAAAGUUCCAGCUCCCCACCACAGUACUACAGUGUGUCAGAUGAAUUUGUACAAUGUAAAUUAAAACACUGUGAACACAAGUGAAAUCAAUUAAGUACAAAAAUUCCCAUGGAAAGUGUACAAUGUACAGAAGUGAUGUGUAGAUC